AUGGGAUUCCGUGCUGUUAGAAUCAUAAACAUCCCCUCAGACAUUGGUUCCGUGUACUCUGGCAAGUCACGAGCUCCCACAGCCUUCAAAGCAGCUGGCCUGCAGGAGAAACUCGAAACUACGGGAUGGCAAGUCGCAGAAUCAACCGCCCUAUCCAACGGUCCCAGCGAAUGGACCCCGAGCGGGCGGGCCCCAAACGGAGCGCGGAACGAAGCAGCCACUGUUGCUGCUUGCGAGGAGGUUCGCCAAGCUAUUGGAAAAGAUAUCAUCGGUAACGACGAGAGCCGCUUCGCAGAUGGUUUCCAAUUGAUUCUCGGUGGCGAAUGUCUCUAUUGUCCGUCCAUCAUGUCAGCAUAUUGGCAUCAUCUUGAAGGGACAGGGUUGCGCAUAGGCCUCGUUUACAUGGACGCUGAUUGCGACUUGUACACCCCCACGGAACCCAACUCAUCGGGUAACAUUGCCGGAAUGACACUGACACAUCUGACAUUCCGCGAGGGAGCUUUGAAGAGUAUGCAGAAGUUCUCUCGUGCUGACGGCUCCGCUGUGGUCGACAACACCAACAUCGUCCUAUUCGGUCUGAACAUUGACUCGGCCGCCAACAAGCGGGAUCACUUGGGCUACCUCUUUGACAACAAUUUCCGCGUCUUCACCUCUCGAGCAGUCGAAGUUGCGGCACAGGAACAAGCCGAGGCAGCUUUGAAAUGGCUGGGAGACAGGGUGGACUACAUCAUCCUCCACUUAGACGUUGAUGUGAUAGACCCCGGGGUCUUCCCAUUAGGCAAUGUUCCAAGCUGGACGGGUCUCGGUUUUGAAGCGGCCAUGGCUGCGGCAAAGACGUUCUUGAGAAGUGAGAAGACUAUCGCACUUAGUAUUGCCGAGGUGAACCCUGAUCAUGACCCGGGUCUGAAGAUGACGAUGCAACUCGUCGAUCAGAUUGUUGACGGUAUGAACGAAAGGAUGACAUCCGGGGCUCAAAAUCUCGGAGUGCAGUAG